GCACCGUGCGCGCUCGGCGCUGCGGAGCGAGCACACCCGGCCCGGGUGCUCGCCUCGCCGGUGCUCCCCGCCCUCCCCGCCCCCCCAGCGGCGCUGCCUCCUCCAAAUGAGCGAUUCGCCCGCUGGAUCUAACCCAAGGACACCCGAGAGCAGCGGCAGCGGCAGCGGCGGCGGCGGCGGCGGGAAGAGGCCGGCGGUGUCCCUCUUGCCCCCGGCGGACCCCCUGCGCCAGGCGAACCGGCUCCCCAUCAGGGUCCUGAAGAUGCUGAGCGCUCACACCGGCCACCUCCUGCACCCGGAGUACCUGCAGCCGCUGUCCUCCACCCCCGUCAGCCCCAUCGAGCUGGACGCCAAGAAGAGUCCCCUGGCGCUCUUGGCCCAGACCUGCUCGCAGAUCGGCAAGCCCGACCCGCCGCCCUCGUCCAAGCUCAACUCGGUGGCCGCGGCCGCCGCCAACGGGCUGGGCGACAAGGACCCGGGGCGCUCGGCCUCGGGCGCCCCCUCGUCGGCGUCCGCCGCGCUCAAGCAACUGGGGGAGCCCCCGGGCGAGGACAAGUCGAGCUUCAAGCCCUACUCCAAGGGCUCCGGAGGCGCGGGCGGCGACUCCCGCAAAGACGGCGGCUGCUCCUCCGUGUCCUCCACCGCGUCCUCGUCCUCCUUGUCCCCGGGAGACAAGGCGGGCUUCCGCGUGCCCAGCGCCGCCUGCACCCCCUUGCCCCCGCAUGGAGCGCCCGUCCUGGCCUCGUCGGCGUCCGCCUCGGCCUCCCCGGGGGGCUCCCGGGGCGGCUCCCCGAACCAUCCCGAUGGCAAGAGCGGCGGGGACCUGGACAAGAAAGAUCAGGAGCCCAAAGCCAGCCCCGAGCCGGUGGUGGUGAGCCGCGGUGGUAGCAGCGGGGGCGAGCCCGGACUUCACAGCAGCAGCAGCAGCAGCAGCAGCAACGGCGAGCCUGCCAAUUCGGGGCGCAAGUCCGAGCCCCCCUCCUCGGCGCUCGUGGGGGCCGGCCACGUGGCGCCCGUGUCCCCCUACAAGCCGGGCCACUCGGUGUUCCCCCUGCCGCCCUCCAGCAUCGGCUACCACGGCUCCAUCGUGGGCGCUUACGCCGGCUACCCGUCCCAGUUCGUGCCGGGCUUGGAUCCCAGCAAGUCGGGCCUCGUGGGAGGCCAGCUGUCGGGGGGCCUGGGCCUGCCCCCCGGGAAGCCCCCCAGCUCCAGCCCGCUCACCGGGGCCUCCCCGCCCUCCUUCCUGCAAGGAUUAUGCCGGGACCCCUACUGCCUGGGAGGGUACCACAGCGCCUCGCACCUCAGCGGCUCCAGCUGCUCCACCUGCAGCGCGCACGACCCCGCCGCCGCCGCGGGGCCCGGGCUGAAGGCGGGCGGCUACCCGCUGGUGUACCCCGGCCACCCGCUGCAACCCGCCACGCUCUCCUCCAGCGCGGCCGCCCUGCCGGGCCACCCGCUCUACACCUACGGCUUCAUGCUGCAGAACGAACCGCUGCCGCACAGCUGCAACUGGGUGGCGGCCAGCGGGCCCUGCGACAAGCGCUUCGCCACCUCCGAGGAGCUGCUCAGCCACCUCCGGACUCACACGGCCCUGCCCGGCGCCGAGAAACUUCUGGCCGCCUACCCCGGCACGGCCAGUCUGGGCAGCGCCGCGGCCGCCGCUGCCGCCGCGGCCGCCGCCUCCUGCCACCUGCACCUCCCGCCGCCGGCCGCGCCGGGCAGCCCCGGCUCGCUGUCCUUGCGGAGUCCACACACUUUGGGGCUAAGCCGGUACCAUCCCUACAGCAAGAGCCACUUGUCCACAGCGGGGGGCCUGGCCGUGCCCUCCCUGCCCACAGCCGGACCCUACUACUCGCCAUACGCGCUGUACGGACAGAGACUGGCCUCCGCCUCGGCCCUGGGAUUCCAGUAACUCAGGCUCCUCCAGUUCCAGCUCUGGUUCCGGCUCUCCACCCUGGCCACCC